AUGAACGUUCCACGCAACCCAGACAACCAGGGUUGGACGAAGACAUACGAGCAGCCAUCAGAUCGCGGUUCGAUCAAGUUUCUUUUAAAUGGCGGCACCGAUAGCUUUACCGAACAAUUCAGACUACCCCCGCGCGGCGAUAGGGCACGAGGGCUGGUAUAUCACAACAAGACUGAACUAGAGGAGGCGGCUACAGAAGAAGUCUUCCCUUUCGUGCAGAACAAUCGACAAGACUAUACACCUACUCUCGUCGAUUCCGACCUAUCGUCACUCCAAUUCUUCCAAGACACAUUCCUCGGCUUUUUCAAUGGGCCUUUUGGGGAUGGCCAGAAGACGGCUGAAGACCCCUUUACUGGGCAAAUUACAUACCAAGCAGCCUAUCCAGGCCAAGGUCCCAAUUUGUCUCUCUCGCCGGAACAGGCCGUAUUUGAGCCUGAGCGACCGUUUGCCAUGGCUUUAAUCCAGUCCAUUCUCGCUCGAGCAUGGACAGUCCCAUUGGAUGCCAAAUCCCAAGAGGAAAUAUCAACUAACCUUAAUUUCCUGUUGACGACGGCACGUAUACGAAAGUUCAUCUCGUUAUAUUUCAAAUAUUGGCAACCAAGUUGUGCCAUGAUUCAUAUACCCUCUUUCGAUCCAGAGACAGUCGCAAUACCUCUACUUGCUUCUGUUGUCUUUAUGGGAGCCAUGUACAGCAGUGACCAGAGGGAGGUAUACGUCGCGAAGAGGGUACUAGACUUUGCAGAGCUCUAUAUCUUCUCAAGUCAUGUCUACUCACCAGAAAGCGAGAUUGCUAUCACUUUCUCAGGGAAUCAAAGCUCCGAUGAUGAGUCUAGUGACUGGGCCAAGUUCCAGAAUUUCCAAGCUGGAUUUAUCAUCAUCGUGGUCCAAUAUUGGGCCGGAUGUCCCGUAUCUCGAAACCGCGCGAUGGAGAACCGCUUCAGCGAAGUUGUCAAGGUUGCUCGGCGGUUACGUCUCGUCAAGUGCCGACAUACCUCGCAAGACCAACUGGAGCACCAAUGGAUCCAAACAGAGUGUCGUAUUCGCAUCAUUUCAUUGCUCGACUGCGCUUUCUUAUUCUACCAGAAUUACCCCUGUCGUUUGACGCAUUCCGAAAUGGAAUGCGAACUGCCUUGCGAAGAGUCUCUUUUUCAGUCACCACAUCCAUUAUCCGAACCCGAUUUCCGAUUCACCCGCGGUAUUACCCUUUAUGGCGCUUUCAAAACUCUUUUCGACCCUUCACAUGUGGCUGGACAACCCCCUGAUCCUACUCAGAUGAACUUGACGGUCAUGGAUAUGUUCAUUCUCAUUCAUGGUACGCAAUCGUUCUUCAUUGUCUUGGUGCCUUCGCUUAUCAGACUUGCAGUUUUAUUCUCUUUCAUCAAUACGCACAUGACGCUUGUCGGACUUCUCAAUCAGCAUGCAGGCGCAAUUUCGACAUCGCAAUCUCCAGUCGACGGGAUUGGGAGCAAGGGUACCAUUCCUGAAGAUUCUCUGCUUGGUUCGAUCAGGAUAGCCCUGAAUCGUUGGCGAGAUCACUGGAUUGCACUGCGUAAUAAGGUCUCAAGUGACGAGUGGGCCUCCAUGGGCUUCUACAAGAACGGAUAUAACUUCUGGCUUGUUUCACAACUACUCAUCACCAAAAAGGACGCCGUCGAUGUUAUUAUGCAAUUGGAGGUGCAUUGCGAAGAUAAGCUGGAGAGGCUGAAAGUGCUUCUUCUGGAUGAAUAG